GGGUAUAACGAGACAUGAAUAUGGAUUUUUUAAAAAGACCUUCUAUCCCUGAAGACGCAGUCCAGUAUCAGCUUUUUCUGGUUCGUGCUGACCCAUCAGACGCAGAAGCUCAUGAGAGAUUCCUCCAGCAGAUCCUGCAGAACAUCCUCGCUGAGAUCGCACCUCUUCUGGUGCAGUACAUCUGGCAACAUCAAGCCUUCAAUCUAAGAUACCACCCUGAGAAAGGAGAUGUGCCUGCGCACCUGGGCGGUGUUACUCAGUUCGGUGAUAAUGUGGAGGACGAAUGGUUCAUCGUUUACCUGCUCAAACACAUCACACGAACUUUUAGCGACGUAGCUGCUGUUGUCUACGAUAAUGAUGGACAGUUUCUUCUGAUUGAAGCAGCUGAACACCUGCCAAAGUGGCUGGACCCUGACAGCAGUGAAAACAGGGUGUUUCUGUUCCGGGGAGAGCUGCAUAUAUUACCCAACCGCACACGUUCUGGAGAGGUCGGCUGGCCCAGAAACUCAGUGCCUGCUGUGGCUCAGGCUCUAGAGCUGCUGCAUUCACACACUGAGAGCUGUUCAGCCAAACAGCCCAUACGCUCAGCUCUAGCCAGGAGGCUGGAUGGGUAUCCAGAUAAAAUCCAGCAGAAUUUCCACCGUGCUCACUGUUAUGUGCCUGCGGGUAUUGCUGUGGUGUUGUCUAGGAGGCCUGACCUUAUAUCCCCUGCUGUGUCUGCUUUCUAUCUGCGUGACCCUGUUGACCUCCAGGCCUGUCGAACUUUCCGCAAGUUUCCUCCGGACACUAGAGUUAUGACCUCAGUAAAGUUUACUCGCUGCUUGUACGCACAGCUGCAACAACAGAGUUUUGUUCCAGAUCGGCGGAGUGGUUUCGCGCUUCCCACCCGCUCUCAUCCCCAGUACAGAGCUCAUGAGCUGGGAAUGAAACUAGCCCAUGGCUUUGAAAUCCUUUGCUCCAAGAGUGGACCGUCCUCAUCAGAGAAAGAGGUUUCGGUCAGCAGUAAUCCACUAUGGAGAGGCUUUUUAGAUAGUCUCAAAAAGAAUGGAUACUUUAAGAGUGAACUAGAAGGAUCUGUUCGAUACAAAGAUCUAAUGACAUCAGCAGAGAUUUUCUUCAGACAGUCUGUAACCAGCACUCACCGCCCUGACAUUCAGAAUCCUGGUCAAGAGGUGAUGAACGUCUUGGAGGAUGCAUCCUACAGUUUGGAAGAGCUAAAAAGUCAAGAGACACAUCUACCACCAGAGGACAGUGAUGCUUGGUUAGACAUCUCUCAUCAGGAGCUAGAGAGGCUGCUUGAGGAGAGAGGAGGUCGAGGAGUGAGCGACGGCACUCGCAAGACGCCACUACCUGAUGAGGAGCUGCAGGAGGAAGAAGCUGGCUACAGUCUCAUAGCCGUAACAAAAGGCAUGAAGAGCUUCAUCAAUGCCACGUCCUCUCAUGAAGGAGCUGAAAUACCCAGAUCUUGUCUGGCUGAGCCCUUUAGUUUUGACCCAGAUGCAGUAACCAGUGCACUUGAUAGGCUGCUAGGAAGUAAGGAUGAUGAGUUAGACUCUGACGACUUUGAGGAGGAGUAUGAUGAUGGUGAUGAUAAUGAAGGCAAUGAUGUCAACGAUGAUGAAGAAGUACAGAAUGGCGAGUCUCAGGAGCAGGCAGGUGCCGAGGCGCUGGACAAUCUGAGGAAAUACAUGGAUGAAAUGGACCAGGAACUGCAAAGCACAAAUAUUGGCAAAAGCUUUACACAGAAUAACAGAGCCAGUAAUAAAGCAGAUGCAUCUAAAAGCUCAUCAUCUGCCUCAAGGUCAGAACUUGAGGAAGAAAUCCAGCCGCUUGAUGUGGAUCUCAAUCUGGUUUCAAAUUUGCUGGAGUCUCUCGCUUCUCAGGCCGGCCUUGCAGGGCCUGCUUCUAACCUACUGCAGAGUCUAGGCAUCCAUAUCCCACCUGACGCAGAUCAGUCCUGAUACGUCAAACUAAAGUGGGAAAAAUCUACUCCGAGACUUAUCACACACUUAUCACGCACUCCUUCACCUUGUGCACAUCAGCUGUUCUUCUAUCAGGUGGCUACAUUUAUGGUGUUCUGCUCCACACCCAGAACUGAACUGUGAAUUAUUACAUCCUAACAUUGGCGUUUCCUUCAACACAGAGCACUUCCCUAAAAACUAACUGGGAAAUUAUUCUCUAAGAUGUUUAUCAUGCUGUUCUCCAUUAAAUAUUACUUUAUCUUUUUGAAUAAAGAUGAUAUUUUCUGA